AUGGUGUUUUCUAGUCAACAGAUCUGUACUUCUGUUCUGGUCCUAGUCUUCUUGAUAAUUGGGUUGGUUUCUGAUGUGGGUUUUGGGCAUGAGGGUCACCAGACCCACCACCACCAUUCUGGAUCCUGUGAAUCUGCGGUCCAUGAAAAUGUUAAUGCUCAUUCUCAUCACCAGUGUGAGCAUGGACAUGUACAUCAUCAUACCCGUCAUCAUCACCAUCAUGAUGAGGGUGAUGUGAGUGGGGUGAAAAAAUUACCGGAGGAGUUGGCUGAGGAGGAGGAUUUGAAGCUGGACGGAUAUGGGUUCCACCAUAGUCGUGACCAUGGCCAUGAGCAAGCUGGUUCGGAGCUCUCUGGUGUUGGGAAUCCCAAAAAUGAGGUUUACGUAUCUCUGUUUGACUCUCUCCGACUUAGUACUUCUUCAUUGGGUUCAUUUGGCAGGGCUUUGGAUUCAUGCAAUGGGCUGCUCACUGUUGGUGAGCUUGGCUUCCCUUGUUUGCCUGAUUAUUUUGCCUUUAAUAUUCAGUAA